CCACCCUGUACUAGGAACUUCCAAACUUGGACUUGAACUUCCUCCUCCCCGCCUCCAGCAGCGCAGCACCCAGAGCCUCGUCCUCAUGGCCUGCCCGAGCCCCUCGCAGCUCCAGAAGUUUCAGGAGGAUGGAUUCCUGGUACUGGAAGGAUUUUUAUCUGCAGAUGAGUGUGUCACCAUGCAACAGAGGAUUGGCGAGCUAGUGGCUGACAUGGAUGUCCCUGUCCACUGCCGCAUAGAAUUUUCCACCCGGGAAGAUGAGCAGCUGAGACCCAAAGGCGAGAGCAGCAAAGACUAUUUCUUGAACAGUGGUGACAAGAUUCGAUUCUUCUUUGAGAAAGAUGUUUUCGACGAGAAAGGAAAUUUCCUGUUCCCUCCGGAGAAGUCCGUCAAUAAAAUUGGCCACGCUCUGCACGCCUAUGACCCUGUCUUCAGGAGUGUCACACACUCCCCCAAGGUGCAGGCCUUGGCCAGAAGUCUGGGCUUCCAGGUGCCCGUGAUCGUGCAGAGUAUGUACAUCUUCAAGCAACCUCACUUCGGUGGCGAAGUCCUCCCUCACCAGGACUCCACCUUCCUGCACACGGAGCCCCUGGGCCGGCUGCUGGGGCUAUGGAUAGCUCUGGAGGAUGCCACUCUGGAGAAUGGCUGUCUCUGGUUCAUCCCUGGCUCCCAUACUGGUGGGUUGUCGAGAAGGCUGGUCCGGACCUAUGCUGGCUCGAAGCUUGACAUCACCUUCCUCGGAUCAGAGCCUGUCCGGGAUGCCAGCCUCUUUGUGCCCACCCCAGUGCGGAGAGGGGACCUCGUCCUAAUCCAUGGGGAAGUGGUGCACAAGAGCGAGCAGAAGCUCUCCGAGCGCUCACGCCACGCCUACACUUUCCACCUCAUGGAGAGCGUGGACACCGUCUGGAGCCCGGAUAACUGGCUCCAGCCAACAGCUGAGCUGCCCUUUGUCCCACUGUACAAAUGAACGCCCUCCCGGGCCGGGCCUGGCCGCUCCGGGGGGAGCUGCGGGCCGCACGCAUCAGCGCCUCGCCCGGCUGCCCAGCUGCAAAGGGGAAGUCAAAUCUCUCCCCCUGCACUGUCUCCCUGCCAGGGUCUGUGCCCCUUAGCCCUGCAGACAGGAGCCCCGGAGCCCUGGACGGAUGGCUUUCCAGAGACCUCUGUCUCUCUGCCUCUCCCGUGUUCCACCCCAAGCUCCCCCUGGAGUCAGCCUCUCACCAUGAAAGCGUUCUGGCUACUUCUCUGCUGGCUUCCCACUGUUCUCUCCUCUCAGAUGCAAUUCUGAUUAUUACGGUGCAAGAUAUGCAAUAAAAGCAACUUCUGAAUGCA